ACCAUCCCCUUUCGUUUCUUUGAUGUCAGAAUCGUGGUAUUGUUUUGACAAAGAGACACAGGCAGCAGCAGCAAUUAUACUUCAGGCAUUUUUCAGAAAAUGUCAGGCCCAACAGAAAUACAAAGAAAUGAAGGCAUCUGCCAUUAAACUUCAAUCUUUCAUACGACAUUGUCUAGUCCAGAAGAGGUAUAUGGAAAUCAAACAGUCGGUGUGCAUUAUACAAAGACGAUAUAGAGCGUAUGUUGACAUGAAUCAGACACAAAAGAAGUACCUUAUUCUAAAGGUUGCUGUCAUUACAAUUCAAGCUUGCUUUAGGGGUUACUUGAUACGUCAAGAAUACAGAAAAGUGAAGGCAGCCAUUGUCAAAUUACAGUCGGGUACCAGAAAAUUCCUCUGUCAGAGCAGGUAUGCAAAACUGAGAUAUACCGUAAUUGGAAUUCAGAGACAAUAUCGUCAAAAAAUGUGUGCAGCAAAAGUUAGAGAGGAAUUCUUAAUUGCCAAGUGUGCAGCCAUCACAAUUCAGGCCCACUACAGAAGGCAUCUUCAGCAGCGAGACUACAAUCAAAAGAGGCAAGCAAUCAUAAAAUUACAGGCAUUCUUUCUCAUGAAAAUUCACAGAGAUUUAUUCUUAGUAAAAAGAAUGGCGGCCUGUAAAAUACAGAAUUGGCUCAGAAAUGAAUUGCUAAGAAAUAGAGCUCAAAAAGAAUAUCAGAUGACAAGACAAUCUGUAAUAGUUCUUCAAAAGGCUGCUAGAGGUUGGAUAGCUAGAAAAAAAGCAAAACAAAGACAACUAGCAAUUAUCCAUAUGCAAGCCAUGGUCAGAAAGCUUAUUACUGUACAGAGAUUUCAGACGUUGAAGAAAUACACUGAGGUGUGUCAAUGGCGCUAUCGAGCUAAGUUACAUGGACGAUUGGUUCGUCAUCAGUACUUGGCCUUACGUGAAGCAGCUGUGACAAUGCAGUCAUGCUACAGAGGAAAACAGACCAGGAAAUUGAUGUUGCUGAAACAGGAAAGCGCCAGGUUAAUUCAGUCAUGGUACAAAGGAAGAAAACAAUACAUAUUGUACACAAAACUAAGACAAUCAGUCCUUGUAUGUCAGAACACUUACAGAGCUUGUAGGUUAGCACGGGCAGAUCAAAGGAAGUUCUUGGUCCUUAAAGGAGCUGCUCUUAAUAUUCAGACAUUUUAUAAAGGUUAUAAGACUAGAUGCAUGUACCAAAGAAUGAAGAAGGCCAUAGUGUUGAUUCAAUCGAGUUCUAGAGGUUUUCGAGAUAGAAAGAGGAUAAAGAUACUUCAUGAAGCUGCUACUGUCAUUCAGCGGACCUUUAGAUACCACUUGUACAUCAAAUAUGUCAAGGAGAAACAUAUGAAAGAGGAAAACAUUCAGAUAGAAAAUAAGAAGCAAAAGAAAGUUGGGAGAAUGAAGAGAUUCAGAAAUUGGAUCAAGCGAAAAUUUUGUUGUUUUGGAUCAGUUUAAGAAGAGGACAUCAAUCCAGAUCUAAUGUAUAUUAUGUAAAUUACGAUAAAAAUUUGUAAAGCAUAAGGAAUAUUGAAUUAUGUAUAU